CAGUAGCAGAACUGAGCGUCUUACAAGUCAGCGAUGGCUUUUUCUCUAGAAUUUGAAUAUGGAGGCCACAGGGACAGAUGAAGUAGAAAAGAUAAAAUCAAAGUUUAUGUCUGCAUGGCACAACAUGAAAUACAGUUGGGUGUUGAAAACAAAAACUUACUUCAGUAGAAACUCUCCGGUCUUUCUGCUGGGAAAAUGUUACCACUUCAAAACUGAUGAAUGUGGUGAACUCUCUACAGAUGGGUCCAAUUUUGAUAAAAUCAACAAAGAGAUUUCCGGAAAUGUUGAGGAAUUCCGUAAAGAUUUUAUUUCUAGAAUAUGGUUGACUUACCGAGAGGAAUUCCCUCAGAUAAAGGGGUCUGUGUUAACAACAGACUGCGGUUGGGGUUGCACCCUGAGAACUGGUCAGAUGCUGCUGGCUCAAGGUCUUAUGCUUCAUUUUCUUGGGCGAGCCUGGGUCUGGCCGGAUGCGUUGGAUGUUGACAAUUCCGAUUCUGAAUCGUGGACAGCCCAUACAGUGAAAAAGCUGACAGCGUCAUUCGAAGCAUCGCUUACAGCAGAAAGAGAACCCAAGAUCCUGUCAAAUCAUCAUCGGGGAACAUUAAGGAGGAAGCAUGACGAGAAUGAAAUGAGAAAUGAAGUUUAUCAUAGAAAAAUAAUUUCUUGGUUUGGCGACUCUCCACUGGCAGCUUUUGGUUUACACCAGCUAAUAGAAUAUGGAAAGAAGUCUGGAAAAAUUGCUGGAGAUUGGUACGGGCCUGCAGUCGUUGCACACAUUUUAAGAAAAGCUGUUGAAGAAGCAAGAGACCCUGAGCUACAAGGAUUAACAGUCUAUGUUGCUCAGGACUGUACAGUCUACAGCUCAGAUGUUGUUGACAGACAGUGUUCUCUUAUGAAUUCUGGAAGAGCAGAUACAAAAGCUGUAAUUAUAUUAGUUCCUGUGAGACUCGGUGGAGAGAGAACAAACGUGGACUACUUAGAGUUUGUAAAGGGAAUUUUAAGCCUCGAAUAUUGCGUUGGUAUUAUCGGUGGCAAACCCAAGCAGUCAUAUUACUUUGCUGGAUUUCAAGAUGACAGUUUGAUUUACAUGGAUCCUCAUUACUGCCAAUCUUUUGUAGAUGUCAGCAUAAAGGAUUUCCCUCUUGAGUCAUUCCACUGUCCUUCUCCCAAAAAGAUGUCGUUCAAAAAAAUGGAUCCAAGCUGCACGAUAGGAUUUUAUUGUAGAACUGUGCAGGACUUUGAGAAGGCUUCUGAAGAAAUAACGAAGAUGCUGAAAUCUUCAUCUAAGGAGAAAUAUCCCUUGUUUACUUUUGUAAAGGGUCAUUCUAGAGACUAUGACUUUGCUUCCAGUCCACUCCGUGAAGAAAAUGACCUUUUCUCUGAGGAUGAAAAGAAAAGAUUAAAAAGAUUUAGUACAGAGGAGUUUGUCUUGCUUUAAGGACAUUUUACACACGAUUAUUGGCAGCUGUCCAGGAGAACACUUGCCUUUUGAAAAAUAAAAAUAAAAGAAAAGUUAAGUGUCCUCCUCCCCUGGAAAGGCAAGCUUGUGCUGAAAGUGGUCUAUUUUCAUAAAAACGAUAAUGUUUUAUAUGUUAAUUAAAGUCUUCAAACCGUCAUUUAUAAUACUUGCUAAUUAAUUUUGUUCGCUGCU